CUGAUUCGUUUCGUAGCUUAGUUUGUGUGGAAUAUAGGGUUUAAUUUUCGUUAGAAGCCAUGGUUAGAACCUCUAUCAAAACCAAUGGCUCGGGGUUAGAUAGGUUAAGCGAUUUACCAGAGCAUUUGUCGUGUAGGAUACUCUCUCAACUGUCCACCAAAGACUCCGUUCGCACGAGCGUUUUGUCUAAGCAUUGGAGAAACCUUUGGUUACAUGUUCCUGCUUUGGAUUUGGAUACCAUUGAUUUUCCAAAUAAUCUCGUCUUUAAGGAGUUCAUCGAUAGAUUUGUCGAAUUUGACAAAGAGUUAGACUUAAAGAGAUUCGAGUUAUUUUAUGAUGUUAAUCAUGCCCACUCUUUUGAUGAGUUUCUGUGGAUGAUCGAUGAUGUGGUUAAGCGUAGAGUUGGUCAUGUAACAGUUAUCAAUAACGUGUAUGUUGUUGAUGAAACGUUAGUUACCAUGCCUCUCUCGCUCUAUUCAUGUGCAACACUGGUGAAUUUGGAUCUCUCCUUUGUUGCCAUGAAUAAGCCACAGUCAGAAUUGGUUUCUUUACCUUGUGUAAAGACCAUGCAUCUAGAUGCAGUUAAGUUUAAUGGUGAUGAUUCCAUUCUGGAGACUCUUAUCUCAAGUUGUUCGGUGCUUAACGAUUUAACGGUGAUUGCGCAUCCUGGUGAUUAUGCCCAAGUUGUAUGUGUUCGCUCUCGAUCAUUAAAAAGCUUCACACUAGAGUCUCAGAGUCAGUAUCAAGACCCCAAUGUUGUAAUUGACUGUCCAAGGCUUGAGUAUAUGAGUGUUAUGGAAUACCAACCUGCAAGCAUUGUAGUACAUAGUAUUGGUCCCUAUGCAAAGGUGAACAUCGAUGUUAUGUUUGAAGUUGACUAUGAAGAUCCACUGGCAAUCACUAUGAUCCGCAGUUUUCUCAUCGCGAUAUCCAAAGCCCGUGAAAUGACCAUCUCAACUCGAACUUUAGAGCUCAUCGACGGCUACCAUUUGAAGGUGAAAGAGUUGCCUAAGUUUUCCAACUUGUCUCGCCUAGAUGCCUUGUUAGACAAGUCUUUUUGGGAUCGUUUACCAGGUUUUCUUGGUUGUUGCAUCAAUCUGAAUUCAUUCGUCCUGGAACUUGACGGCCAUUCAGAGAUAGAGGAGAUUAAAGUUUCACCACUGCUUCAAGAUGCCCUAUCCGCUCGUGGGUUUGUUCAGCUGAAGACACCACUUUCAGUCACAAAGACAUCAAGUGAAAUGAGGAAAAUAGCAGCAUAUUUUGUGAAGAAAAGUGGCUAAAAGUAAGCAAUAACAUAUUAUCCGGGUUUCUCUCAUAAAUCCAUUUUUAUUUCCAGUUAUCUACCAAUAUUACAUUUUAUGUAAGACUUUAUAAUUUUUUGUUGGACAUAUGACUUUAUGAUUCCUAGUUAUAUGGAUGUUUGUAAGGUAAAUUUCCCUUUUUGGUUGACAUGACUUUAUGGUUCCUAGGUAUACAGUUAUUUAUUGAAAUAGUGCUAGUCGUCAACUAUAUUGCAUCUAUGGUAAUCUCCGAAACCCUAGCUCUCUCUGCCUAGUAAACACUUUCCUUGCUCAAUACUCUUUCCAGAGUAAUUGUGUCUAGCUUCUUUUUCGGACUUGAUUAAAAUCACACGACUUAAAUUCAUGCUAACCCUUUGAUUUUAUUUUAUAAAGUUAAGUUAUAACAACCUUGCUGGUGAUAUUAGAAUUGGUCAGGAAGAUAUGAUUAGCAAAAUACAAGAUUCUUUUUUUUUUUUUUUGUGAUAUACCAAUAAUUCCCAAAAAGGAUGAGCUUAACACCAGCUUUUUUGCCACGUAUGGAUAAAUCUUUGGCAAUAUAUGGCUCGAUUGGAUUUUGAGUUUAAUGGCUUUCAUAGAUUACGCUAAAAUUCGAUUAUUUUCAAUAGGUUUAUAGGUUUGAUCAGUAACUUUAUUGUGUGCUUUAGAAAGAGUUAUGGUAAGGCAUACAUGAUAUAUCAUAUUGAGGUAGAAACACGAUCGCGAGACUUCAACAGAUCGAUGUUCAAGAAAAUACAAAGUACGAUAGUAUUAAAAAUACCUUCAACCAUUUAUAUAUCAUAUAAGUUAUGUGAUCAUCAGUCAAGUGGUGAAUCAAUUUUCUCAGUGGUUAUGUGUUUGGAGAAGUUAUAUCUAGCUGCUCUCCAAAAAGCCAUGGGAGUGCUCAAGGCUCAGUGACUGACUACCUAUUGGUUUACAAGACUUUAGAAAGCUAGCUAGUACAUGAUGUACUGUACAUCUGAAUCUGGAAAGGACAAAGAUACCUGAGAGGCGAGAGCAUUUCAGGGAUAUCAUCGGUCAAUUUUGGAAAAUUGAGACUACAAGAAACUAAAGUACUGUGGCUAUACUUAUACUUUUUAACCACGUACCCGUUUCCAAUUAAUUUUGUAAACCGUUUCCACAGUUCAGUAUAUCCGUUUAUGAUUCCAUGCAACCUAAAAAAUAUAUACUAUUUUAUAAUUGUGAUUUAUUGUUUAUUGAAUUACUGAUAAUGUAUUAUUUAAUUCUUUUCUUAAAAAGCUAAAUAUGUUAAGCACAAUAUAUAUCUUCUAUAUAUUAUAACAUAGUUUUUGGCUGAUGUGGCAAGUCCACAAAUUUUUUUUUUACCUUUUUUAAAAAAAAAUUCGACUAUCAUAU